AGACUGGAUUCCUCAAAGUCAUUUCAUAAACACAUUACGGAUCUGAUUGGAGAAGAAAGAAGCCAAAGAGAAAUGACUCUCCGUCUAACGUUCUUGGUGUUAUGUAUUCUAUCAGCAACAACUUUGAUCAAAGCUGAAGAUCCAUAUCUAUUCUUUACAUGGAAUGUGAGUUACGGUACGAUUUCUCCUCUUGGAGUUCCACAGCAAGGAAUUCUUAUUAACAACGAAUUCCCUGGUCCAAACAUCAAUUCCACCACCAACAACAAUAUUGUCAUUAAUGUUUUCAACAAUCUUGAUGAGCCUCUUCUGUUCACAUGGAAUGGUAUUCAACACAGGAAGAAUUCAUGGCAAGAUGGUAUGCCCGGUACUAACUGCCCAAUCCAACCUGGUAAAAACUUCACCUAUCAUUUCCAAGUCAAGGAUCAGAUUGGUAGUUACUUUUACUUCCCUACCGCCGCAUUCCAUAGAGCGGUUGGUGGGUUCGGUGGUCUCCGCGUUAACAGUCGUGACCUUAUUCCCGUCCCCUUUGAUGUCCCGGAAGAUGAUUUCACCGUCCUCAUUGGUGAUUGGUAUAAAAGUAGCCAUGCUGAUCUUAAGAAGAUCUUAGAUGGGGGUAAAUCUAUUAACAGACCCGAUGGUAUUCUCAUCAACGGUAAAUCAGGUAACGGUACCGACAACGACAAACCACUCUUCACCAUGAAGCCUGGUAAGACUUACAGGUACAGAAUUUGCAACGUUGGUAUCAAGACUUCCUUGAAUUUCAGGAUUCAAGGUCAUUCCAUGAAGUUGGUUGAGAUGGAUGGUUCUCACGUGGUUCAGAACGUAUACGAUGCUCUAGAUAUUCACGUCGGCCAGUGUCUUUCGGUGUUGGUCACAGCAGAUCAGACACCCAAAGAUUAUUACAUGGUUGCUUCAUCCAGAUUCCUUAAGGAGGUUUACACCGCAACUGGUGUCGUCAGUUACGAAGGUGGUAGUGGUCCUCCAUCUCCUCAGAUUCCUGAAGGACCCACAGGUAUUGUAUACUCGCUCAACCAGUUCCGUUCCUUCAGAUGGAACCUUACCGCAAGUGCUGCACGUCCAAACCCACAAGGUUCAUACCAUUAUGGUGGCAUCAACAUCACUCGCACCAUUAAGAUCGUCAACUCUGCCGCUACCGUUGAUGGUAAGCUUCGUUAUGCCAUCAAUGGUGUCUCACACACUGAUCCUGAAACCCCUAUGAAGCUUUCAGAAUACUACGAAGCACCUAAAAAAGAUUUCGAGUACAACUCUAUUGUCGAUGACCCAACCCCAGAGAGUGCCACUAAGAUCGUUGUUAAGCCUAACGUUCUCAACGCAACUUUCCGUGACUUCAUUGAGAUCAUAUUCGUGAACAACGAAAAGUCAAUCCAGACAUGGCACUUGGAUGGUUACUCCUUCUUUGCUGUUGCAAUUGAAGCCGGGCAGUGGACUCCAGAGAAGAGGAAGAACUACAACCUGCUUGAUGCUGUGAGCAGGCAUACAAUUCAGGUUUACCCAGGUUGCUGGGCGGCCAUAAUGCUCACUUUUGAUAAUGCAGGUAUGUGGAACUUAAGGUCCACCCUCUGGGAGAGGCACUAUUUGGGACAACAAUUGUACUUUAGCGUCACUUCACCGGCCAGAUCACUAAGAGAUGAAUACAACGUUCCCGAUAACGUUGAACUUUGUGGUAUUGUCAAGGACUUGCCAAAACCACCCCCAUACACCAUCUAAGUUCAUAAUAGAUUCUUUUCCCAUCUCUUCCUCGAUUAUUAAGAUAUCUGGAGAUGGUGAAUGGAGUGUGUUUGAAUAAGAAAGAAGUUGAGAUAGUGAAAGGUCAAUGUCCGAAUGAGUGGCGACGACGACAGAAGAUAUAUAUUGUAUAAGAGGCAGAGAGAUAUUAAGAAAAAUUGUCUUUGUAGCAAGAGUUUUUAUUCUCAUUCAUUAUUAUUACCUAAUAUUGUUUUGCGUUUUUAUUCAUUUUUCCCACCAAUUGUAAUGUAUUUAUGUCUCUAAAUUCAUUCAAUCUUUGAUUCAA